AGUGAAACACCUUGUACAAACCUGUAUGUAUUGAAGUUCAGAGGAUUCAUUCACGGUAAAUACUUGGAAUAGGCAAUGUCUCAAAUGAGACAUUAUUUGCAGAAAUGUUUUGUCAUUUUUUAGUUAAAUAAUGCAAUCUAUCGCAAAUGCUACGUUAUUUGAGAGAGAAAGUGUUGCUUUUAAUUGCAGGAACAGCAACCUUUAAGAGACACAGAUGAGCUCUUCUGGCAGCAGUUCUCUCCCAUUUUCUUUAAUCCUUCGUGUCUGUGAAGUGUUUCAAGAGUAAUCAGUUAAAACAAUUGAUAAAUAAUGAAUAAUAGUAAAUCAAAAUCAGUUCUACUCUCUCUCAAGCAGAGGCUCUCCCACUGUUUGCAGCAAUCAUUAUUAUACCACAGCUGUUCAAGCUUCCUCUUAUGCUCUCUGUGCUUUUCUGUGCAAAUGUUAACUUUGGCUUUGGAAAUAUUCUUUACGCUAAGGUGUAAUGUGGGUUCGUCUUAAGCUGCUGAACAUCCUGGUCCAGGCAAGUGUAGCAGAUAAAAGUUGUUGUUCCAUAUUGAUCUUUUUUGUGUUUAACAUGUUGCAGAGCGAGUUCACAGUGUAACUAGAUGAAGUGUUUCUGCUCUGGAGGAGUUCCAGACUGGAAUAGCAGGAUUGUUGGAGUAGAAAAUUAAAGCUUAUUGGCAGAGUUGAGUGUGGGAAGCUUAGGCAGCAUUUACCCACAUUAUUAAUGGUUCUCAACAGUUCCUUAUUUUGAUAAGUAUGAAAAUCACCCACAGGUUUUUUUCACAGUUAUUAACGUUGGCUGGCAUAAUGUCUCAAAGCUUAAUUAUAUUCAGAAUGUUUGUAGCCAGCUGUGUUUGUGAUUACAUCACUCCCUGAGUUCUGCUGCUUUUCCUCAGUGUGCACGAUACCUGUGUGUUAACCUCUGUGAGAUCGCCUGCAUCAGUGGAGCUGAGCCACUGUCUCGGCACGUGUUUGGAAAUGUGUAAGUGGAUAUGUACAACAGAGCUCCAGGAAAAUCACACUUUUGGAGGACAACUUGAAAAGUUUCUCUUCCUUUCUUAUCUUGCUUGUGCUGUCACAAAUCAGAAGUUCAAUUUUCUGUUUUCAGAGCUGAACUAAAGUACGGAGUUUUUUCACAAUUUUUUAGCUGAGCAGGUAUUGGAGUAAAAAAGCUGUAACUUUGAGAAGCAUUAAACUGCAUCCUUCUUGUUUGUUUCUCUUCACACACAAGACCUUGUGCCUGCAACAUAGGUGUAGAUUCAGUGGCAGGGCUGUGAUUCAGAGUUUCAGCAAUGCACUCUAUCUGUCUCGUCAUGUCUGCUGUGGGUUGUUCUCAGGAUUUUACCUGGGGGGAGGGAAGAUCCAAAAAAGAGGGAGGAACUGCAGCUUGGAUUAUGCCACUACAGUUGCAAGUAGCAUUUCACUGUGCAUUGCCAAAGGGAAAUUGUUGUUGGUUCAUUGGUAUCGGUGAAAGUUUCACUAAAUCUCUAACAACAACAAAAAACAUCCCAGUGUCUACAGUUCUGAAUACUAAUAAGUAAACCACCCUUGGCAAGUAUUUGAUUUGACAGUCAGGAGAUGGAAUAAGCCAGUGUGUUCGUGUAGCAAAUAAUUUUAUCCUUUUCUUCCACUUGACUGAAUUUAUAUUUAAGUCCAAGUGAAAAUGAUUUUUGCAGGUUGAGGCCAGGUACAUAAAUGGCUGGCAUGACAUAGGGUACCUGUUAACCAUCAUGUAGCCCACCAAUAUCUAUUGUCUCUUCAUCCAUAUUAAGUAGAAAGAUGUGGCUGUGAGAAGAGCAAAGGUUUAACUGGGCAAUCAGAGAUCAAAUUACAUUUACAGAAAUAGAUGGCAAUGGCUUCCUUCACCAGAUCUCCUGGCUGAAAAGCUCCUGCAGUGGAAAUUAAGCUUAUUAAAUGGCUGGAAGCUUUUUUGUUUCAACUGUCAUAUCCAAGCAAUACUUGGAUACCAUCUUCUAAUCUCUGUGGGGUAGGUUAGGCACUAAAGGUGUUAUCUCUUCAACAACAAAAGGAUACCAUUUCAGGGUUUUUUUAAUGUUUUUCAUUAUUAAAUUCAAUGUAAAAAAUGCCCAGGGGCACUCUUUGAGCGACACUUAUUUGCAACAAUUAUUGAGAGUCUUUAAACAGUAUUUGUGAUUUCCCACAUCCCUACACGUCCUCUUUAUUUUGACACCCCACAUAAUAAUAAUUUUAUUUCCACAUAAAAAAUUGUGGGGUUUUUGUCUGGCAUAGUUUACUGGGCAGUUCCAAGGUAACUGAAAGAACAAGAGAGGAGAACACUGUGCAUGUGGAGGUCAGCUGUGAAGCACUCGAGUACCCAGCCUUAUACUGCAGGGAGAUUUUAAACUGGAUGUGCAGCUUUCCAUGUAUAACCAACACACUGAGGGGACCUCUGUUCAUGUUAAUAAUUUGCCAAAACCUGUGGUCUAGGGCAGCAAUUUGCCGUCACAGGAAGGGAGACCUAUUUCUAUGAACAGGACAGUGCACAUGUGGUGUACUUGGCCCUGUUUUAUAGAGCUUUUGUUGCCACAGCUAUACUGCCAAAGGAGGAGGGGGGCUACAAGUACCAGGAACAUGAAAUAAAGGAACAACUUACCAAGAACAUUCAGCUGGAACGGCUUUUUUGGGUGAAACACCAAAAAUUUCCGGGAGUGACUGGUAGAGCAGGGUGGUAACACACCAGUGUAAUAACUCACCUUUGAAACUGGAACUGGAAAUGCCCUUAAAACUAAAGUUACCUGUAUCUCUUUACAGUUCCUUCCAUAUUUUGGACAAACAGAUGGCAAUGCUGACUGUUGAGUCUUUAUUGGGUGCCUAUGUAGAAAAGAAAUCUUUUGUGUAAGACCUUUGUAGGUGAUGUAGUUGCAAUAUCAGUGGAGGGAUUUGUGCAUAGAAUCAAACAAGAUGCUGAGUUGGCAGGGAUGCAUCAGGAUCAUCGAGUCCAGCUCCUGCCCCUGUACAUGAGAACUGUGCAAUCUGACUCGACAGUGUGGAAGAGAUUGUGGAAAAUGGCUGCCACCAGGAGCAAGGAUGCAUUCCCUGUGCUGAACAGCAGAAGAGAUUGCUUCAACAAGUGAUCGCUGUGGUGCAAGGUGAUGGGUGUAUAUUAUGAAUUUCCUUUGAAUGAGAUCGACCAUGAUAACCUUCAGAUGCAGUUUAUGAAUGGAAAUGGUGGUCCUGCAGCUGCACCUCAGCUGCAGUGUGCCAGAAAUCCAGAUUCUGUGACAGCAGCUGCUUCUGACAGGUGUCUACUGCCUCUCCGCGUUCACUGUGAUACCUGCGUGGCUCUGGGCUGCUCCUCAGUUAUUGAAUCCUUUCCAAAUGAGCUCUGUGUGCAGCUUUUCCAAACAGUGGUCACGAAAGUAGAACAUGGAUGUUCCAGCUGCUUUUGCUAUAGCUUUAGUUAGUUCGUUUCUCAGGUGAUCUUGAAGAUCUGGCAUUCAUUUUACAAUUAGUAAAACUCCAGUCUGUGUGAUUGUGUCACUGUAUUGCUGCCCUGCAAACAUCAGGGGAAGCAUUGCCUGCUGUUGUGCCCCAUAAGUCUGAGGAAUCCAGCAUAAGGUUGGCCUUAGGCAGUGGCAGCCAGGCUGGCUGUUGGCUGGGUGGUGGCAGUAAGCUGCUGGGUGGCCCGGGCAAGGUUCUUCUCCAGACAAGAGGAUGUCGUGCGGGGGCUUCACUAAGUAAUCUGUGAUAUCAUGCAUUUCUGCUGCCACCACUUAUUAUCCCAAGGCUACCACGACAUCCCAUCCACCUGUCUGUGCUAACUAACUGAAUGCAGAGAAGCUACGAUGUGUUAAUUUCAUGCUGGGUUUGUCUGCUCAGGAUACCUCUGUUGCUUGGUUUUUAGAGGUACUGGAGGGGGAAAUAUGCACUGUUAGAAUUACAGUACUGGACCAUAAUUCCUUGGUUUUCCUUUAUAUUGCAGUUAAAACAGCUGCAGUGAGAGAAACAGGGCCAAUAUGCAAAAGAAGGGACUCUGAGAAAUGGGGUAGCUGCUUGCUUGUUGGUAUUCCACAGUGUAGUGAGCCGAGUCCCAGAGCAUGUGGAGUACCAUGGGGUAUCUGCUGUGAGUGCUGAGCACAGGAUUUCACACUUAGGCAGUGCUGCUGGGAUGCAGUGAUCUGGUGUAGCUUUACAGGGACUUGUAAAGCUGUGUGGAAACAGUGCUUAGGCAGGAAUUACUCUGCAUCACUUAAUGCAGAUGCACAGGACCCAGAACUGCCUUCAGGUUGAGACUUGCCCUUGGUUUGUGUGAUUAACCCUAUUAGGUGUCUGAUGUCCUUAGCUUUAAAGGAACCUAGGAAUGAAGGGCUGCUCUGAAGCUGUGGAUCCUGUUUUUCAAGGAAACUAUCUACAUUUCAUUUGUUCUGAAGAAUCAAAGGAAGAUUUCAAGGUUCUCCAGAAGCUGCAAAAUAGCAGCUCCUCCUCCAUAGGCACCUAAUUUACAUACUAGCAUUUUCCAGGUUGGAGGGGAAGGCCUGGGAGGCAAGCAAACAUCUGAAGAAAGCAGGAGUAAGGCUGGGGACAAAGUUAUUCCUGUGAAGCAGAAACGAGACCUGAAGGAACUGACAGCACAGCACCUCACCUGCCUACAUGAGAUCAGUCACACUCAAGUGCUGUCUGGAAACUGUGCUCUGGCCUACUACACUUGACCAGGAAAGGAAAAGCUAUGUACAAUUUUGAGGGCCAAGGUAUUUGGCUGCUUUGGUAUUUACUCUUACUGAUGACAACUUAUAAGAUUGUAGUUUCCCCAGUACAGACCCCUGUUGUGCAUUUGAAAAUGUGGAUCAGCUUUUGUGAAUAAACUAUCUGGGUGGUUUUAUGCUAACUGACACAAAGCGUGGCUUCUGCCACACCGACUCUCAGGGAUUUCCAUAAUGACAGAGUAUGGGUAGAGGAAUUCCCCAGCAACUUGGGAAAACAGUGCACUGUGUGUUUCCUGCUGAGUAGGGUUACUGACACCACAGGCAAUGUAUGUUGUAGCUGAUACUCAUUAGAAGGCUUUCUUCAGGAAAGGCGCUAUCUAGUUGUGGAUUGUCCCUCCUUGUAAGUAAGACAGGAGAAGUCUGAGUAACGGCACAAAAAGAGGUAUGUGACAUUGCCGUGCAAACAAAUGUAUUUCAUUUUUAAGUGCCUACAAUAUUGUCUCUGUUAAUGUCUGUGUUUCCUUCAGAUGUGGGUACAUUUUAGUAAUUAGAAUAUAAAUCUGAAAAUUCAUAGUAAGUGUGUUAACCGUAAGCAUCAAUCUCAAAUGGUAGGUAGUUCAAAACAGUAUGACUAUUAAAAAGACAAAUUAUUUGUGUUUGAGGAUAUUAAGAGUAACUGCCAUAUGAAGUCUUAAUUUGUUAUAUUUUACAUGUUAAAAAAACCGCAUUGCAAAUUGUUUUCCUUUUCAUAUAUUUUAACGGUAUAUCUGGUGGUACCAGUCAACUGAGUAAUUAAAACCCUCCCAGUUGUAAUUACCAUCUCUCCUCAAUGAGACUUAAUCUUCUUCUGUUCUUCAGUUCAGUGAGAUAUUCACCGUUAACUUCUGUGAAUGCUCUCAUUAUGUCCCUGCCAUGGAGAGUUCAGACAGCAUUUUAUUAAUUUCUUUUAACCCCUCAUAAAAAUCUAAUAAAUAUUCUUUCCAGAAAAAAUCCUAAUACCCAAUUCCUCAAAUUCUCUUUUACGUUUUUUUUUUUUGAGAUCUUUUUUUUCCCGACAGUUAAGCACAACAUAGAUUCAAGAUGAAUACCCUUGCAGCAGAAGCAACUUAUCUUGUUUGUUCGAAACCCAGGUGCCAGGUUUUCCAUCCCUCAGUCUCUUACAGCCAGACACAGAGCCUACUCUGUAGUAACUUCAGUGGAACUGAAUGUGCUUAUGUCAGUUCUCCUUGCUCAGUUGUCUUGUAUAUGUGCCUUUUGGAAAAACAAUGCUUUUGAAAGUGGGGUGUGAGUUACCCAAAAUUUGUUACUAAGCAAGCCAGAAAAACCCCAAACUAACAAACAAAACACCUCUCACAGUGGUACCUGAAAAAAACCCCUCAGUAGUAACCAGGUUAGUAAAACGCUCUUUGGACUGACCAUCAUUAGUAAGUGCUCAUUACAGUUUUUUAUGUGAUUAGUUCCCAGGAAGUUGCACAGAAUUGCUUUGCAAGCAGCUUGCAACUCCAGUCAAUGGCAUUUUGCACAGUAUAAAAGAAUAUCAAGUCAGGAUCAAUUGCUGCAUUACAUUAAUUCCUCAUACAAAUAGGUUAACUUAAGUGCUUACAAAAAUUAAUUGGUACAUAUUUGCCUUGACGCAAGCAUUCAAGGUAUGCGCUAAAUUUGGAUAGUCUGGUGUGGUUCAUGGAGCUAAUUCAGCUGUAACUCUUUCCUUUCUGUUCGAAGCUGUACUUUCUCUCUCUGCAGUUUUAAGUUCCCUUCUGUGAUCCCAGGAUGUCUGUGUUGAGUGUGUGUUGCUGCCAUGGGGCAAGGGCAGCCUGCUGCAGGUAGCUGAGGUGGGACAGGUUGUGAAAGCCUGCCCCAGAACUAGCCCUGGGUACUAAUACUUAGAUUAGCAGUACCUUGCAGCCCCAGUCCUGCGCUCUCUGCUGCAGUAACACUUCUGCCUUGGCCUGUCCUGUGCUCUGCAGUCCCUGUCCAGUCACACUCCUCUGUGCUCCUCACCAGCUGGGCAUUUGUGGGCAGUGGAAGGGGGAAAACCAUUUUGGAGACAUUCUUAGCCAAUACCUCUUUCUGUUUUCUCUUAGAAGUGAAGAAGAAGGCUGGCUUUAUCACUCCAGUGCCGGGAGGGGUAGGACCUAUGACUGUUGCGAUGCUUCUGAAGAACACACUCCUAGUUGCUAAAAAGCUCAUUUACUAGAGAAAAUGGGCUACCUUGGACGAAGAAUCUGGUUGUUCUAUUUAUUGAUACACAAAACGUUUAUUUUUUACUACAAAUAUAUUUAUUUAUGCAUUGUAUUUAUUUUUUCAUGUCAAGUAUGCUAAACCUGAUACUUUACAAAAUGUUCAAAUGCUUUGUUACCUCCUCCUUACUUACUGCAAGCAAAAAUGAGUUUGAGAAUGCAGCCUACACAGUUAUGUUGGUAUGUGUUUGAGAAUGAAGAAUGAAUUACAACUGUACUAUGUAUUGAUGCAGUUACCAAGGGCUUGUAAGCCCUUGGGACCUUCAGGUUUGAUCAAACAGUAUAAAAACUAAGUUUCAACGUGCUAGAUAUCUUUUAAAUACAUGAUUCGGGUUCUGAGGUCACAAAACACUCUGGAUGCAGUUCAAAGUCUUGAAAUAUUUUUUGUUUUAAACACUUUAAGCUAGCAGCAGAAAUCUCAAUUCCAAAAGGAGUGAGAGACUGCAGUGUUUGUGUCAGCUGCCAGGCAGUAAUGUUGACAAGAAUGUAAAUGUUCAGUAAAAUAGCCAAGUAAACUGUAAUGCUGGUGAAAUUCUGAUUUUAAACAUCUGCAAGAGGUAAGCAUGAAUAAGUAGGUAGAAUGGAGGCCUGAAUUAUUUUCUUUUCAUAUCUGGACAAAAUGUUUUGGUGCAUAGUGUCCUCAUCCCACAGAAAAAAUCCCUAAACCUGAACAGUUGACUGGGCUGGAUUUGACUUACAUUAGAUGAAAUGUAGUUGACAUUACUGUGUAUGUACAGUAUAGCGGGGCAGGGGUUGAAGAGGAAGAGCAAACCAGAAGUUUGUCUGUGACAGAACAUUUGUGUUGGAAUUUAAAGCCAUUUAAUUAUAUUCUCUUAUUUUCUGAAAGUGCAUGACAAAGUUUUUUCUUAUUCUGAGAUGUAAGGCUUGGCUUCAAUGGCCACAAUGUUUUGCUGCUUAAAGAGGACUAUAUGGGAUAAGAUCAGUAUGUUUCUAUUCCCAAAAAUUUAGUUGCUGGAUCGAUCUAGCACAGUCCCAUGCAGUGUCCAAUUUGGAGUGGAGUUAAUGCUGAGAUACCUGUUCAGCUGAGUGUGUGCACUAUUGGCACUCCCACUGAAGGUAGUGGGAGCCAGUUGGGACUUUUUAUCUUUGUGUUUUUAUCUCAGUUGGGAUAACUUUGAUUUAUUUUCAUCAAGAGCCUUAGGUGUUUGCUGGUGGUCUAUCGAUAACUUGAAAGAGGAAGGAAAAAAUUGUGGCUAAACACUAUUGCAUUAAACAGAAAAAUGCACUUACUGUAAUAAAAGAGCCAAGAUGGAGCAUCCCUUCCAUGUUGACUGUUCUUGUGAUGGACUUUCUGAGAGUUUGCUUUAAUGCAGUGUUUGUAAAAGUUUGACAGAAUUAUUACUAAAUAUAUAAUACCAAUAGUGCAGACACUUGUCUAUUUAAAUUUAAGUGGUAAUAUAAAUGUUAGGAGAGUCAAGGUGCCUAUGGAGACUAUACUUGGACUGAUCAAUCAGUGACCGAAAGAUGGAAUAAAACUUGUUCACUGUUUUGUUAGUCUUGGUAAAAAACGUUGAUGGAGUUGUGGGGGUGGUUGUGAUUUUCCUUUGUUUAUGUGUGUGUUCGGAGCACAGCGAAUGAAUGCCUUGCGUGUUCAGUUAUUGCUGUGUCCGGCUGUUUGCGUUGCUCUUCUAGAUUCAUGUUUGCUUUUGCUGGUUUAACGCUGAUCAUCUCUGCGUGUUUUGGCAGAAUAACCAUUUUUGGCGCUGUGCUCUUGUCCCUUGAGUGAGCCUGCUUCUGUCGUGCCCUACAAACAGGUUGUUGUGCAUCGUAAGCUGUUUCCCUUUUCUCAGCUAGUGAGACAUAGGCUUUACUCCACAGUGUGCGGUCCUCAGAGCUGCCAGACCCACCUGUGAGAGUGCUCUCCACUGGGAGAACAUUCAGAAGGAGCAUCCAGAGGGAAGGGCCCAUGAACCAACCCAAAAAGCAUGCUGGUGUGCCCGACCUGGUCAAGCCCGGUCCAAGUAUGAACACCGUGUGUUGGACAGAGCGUGACCUUGCCCGCUGCAGCCUUGUCCCAGGCCCACCACACCCAGUGUGUUGCCUCAUGACAAAGCCUCCUCUCGGAUUCAGGCCUGAUUAAACUCCCAUUGUGCAGCUGUAUGUUGAAAGCAAGGCUCAUGAGCCUUAUCCCUGCUUGGGACUGAUAGCAGAGGUUAUCCGGGUAGGCAUAAACACUCCUGUCUGGGAAGUGUGCAAGGCACUUGAUCAGCGUGCAGGCAUGCAGCAAUUCAGGAUAGCAAAGGAAGGGAAUAGCCUCCUGGAAUGCAGUCCAUGAGCAGGAAAAGGCAUAAUUAAAAUGUGCAUAACUAGCUUGUGUUUUUCCCUUAACAUGUGAAGUGGUUAGAUGUAAUCCUGCAGAUCACUGGGGAGAGCACAGCAGAGAGGGAGAGCUGGAGCUGACCAGUUAUUAGGGCAUUUAUUAGAAGCUUUUUGGUUUUAAAAUAUAAAAAUUGUAAAAUGUUGUUACUUGGAGCUCAGAGUUGAGAAAGGAAGUCGCUGGAGUAAAGGAUGUAGCUCUCCUUUGAUGAGAGUCAGGUUGUUGAUCUCCGUGUAUAUUACUGAACUGGGUUUUUCCGAUGAUCUCCAGUAUCCUUCAGAGACCAGUCCUAGUCGCUCCAAGCUGCCAAGGAAGUUAGACAGUGUUUGGGGCUGUGGAGAGUGGUUUAGUAUAAGAAAUACAUUUGACAGGUAUAUGCUAGAGACCUGCAAACACUUGGUGUGAAAUGUUUGUUCUCAUUAUGCACAGUCACUUCUUGGAGGGGCAGAGGUGGGCUUUUCUGGCAGUAGUGAAGGGAUUUCCCGAUAUGUGAGGCAACAGCUUACCUGCUCUUUCAGUCUAUGUUACCUCAGCGCCUGUGCUUUGCCAGCUCUGGACUUCUACCCCGCAGCUCCAGCCAGUAAUCCAGGCCUUGUGGGUGCCAGUGGGCUGCCUUGCUUCCUAGGUUUGUGCACGACCUGGCUAAAUGGAAAGGGAUCAGCACAACCCUCAGGCUUGCAGAGCCUGGGAUCAAAGGCCUCUUGCUGGCAGUCACUGAUGGAGAACAUCAUCCAUUAUCUUUGUGUCUGAUCGCUUCCUAAUCUCAGCACUAGCUGUUUGAGUGAAGGAGAGGAACAGAAGAACUCCUCUUCUGGAUCGUGGGGACUGAGGGACAGCGAGGACCAGGGGAGGAACACUAGUAGAGCACGGGCUGGUUCCUGGACCCUGACCUCAGGAGGAGCAUCCUGAGGCUGAAUAUCCUCCUGGAAGUAACACAAGACCUACACUGCGAAGGGAAGGAAACACCAUGUUUUCACAACGUGUAAUUUUUCAUUUUGCUCACCUCUGUUUUGCUGGUUUUUGUUUCUCUGCUCUGUCAGAAUCUGGGUCUCGCUCUAAGACUGUGCCUUUGCCUGCACAAUUAUGCCCACAGGUAAUAGGAAACCAGGGUUUCAAAAGAAAACCUGAUCCCAUUGCUAGAUAAUAGCAGUUUCCUAAAUAAAUGUGUGGUUGCCCCGAGGGGUGAGGUUGUUGCCAGAUGCACCUUUUCUUGAUUGGUGAGAACAAGAGAUGACGCUUCCUGGCAUAUAAGUGCAAGAGAAAACACGGCAGCACAGAUAAGCACAGCAAGCAAGCAAGCCACCUGGAAAGAAGAGCUGAGAAGGUGUUAAAGCAGCUGCCUGCCAUGGCAUUUGGAAUGCUAAUCUAUAUUUUGCUGAAAGCAAUGGGGGCACUGAGUGAAGAGUCAGCUUUUACUGCUUCAUCCCUCAGCACAGACUUAUGGAAUAAUUGGACAAAAAACAGCGCUGAAGUGGAUUACACUGAGAAGCCAAAGCUCUUGAAGCUCAUGCAGACCUGCCUUGAGGAACACCACAGCUAUUGUAUCAAUGGGCUCUGCGCCUUCCACAGCGAGCUGAGGAAACCCAUAUGCAAGUGCCUUGCAGGUUAUAAUGGAGAAAGGUGUGAACACUUAACAUUGAAUUCAUACGCACAUGAUUCUUAUGAGCGUUACAUAGCUGUGGGAAUUGGUGUAGGAAUACUGACUGGUGGAAUACUUGCCAUCAUCUACUGCUACGUAAGAAAGAGAUGCAGGAAAUUGAAAUCUCCCUACAAAGUCUGCGUGGGCGAGACGGCACUGUGAAGAUCUGGCACUGGGACACUCACCAGUUUGCCUGCAAAGGAGGAGAAGGGCUGCUGGGAAGGCCCCCCUGCACCAUCUGACAGGUGCCCCAGCCUCGCAGAGGAGAUGAACUCGAGGGAAUGGCGGAGGAGCAUGUGAAGGGAACUCCUGCAGAACUGACAGGCUCUGUUUAGUGCUGAAGAAAGACCUCCUCUCCUUCGUAAAGGUGGCUCACGCUCAGGUCCAAACAGCUGAGGGCACUGGCAGACCUCGACACCUCUCCUGUGAUUGGUGUUUGCCAAGGGGAGGACCUGGUUGGUUGUAGCUGCUUUCAGUCAUUUCAAGCCCUAGAACAGUGUUCUGCUUUGGUCUUUUGUGUGUUUUGGUUUGGUUUUUUUGUUUGGUUUUAGUUCUUUUUCUCCUCUGGAGGAAAAGCACCACCACUCUCACAAUGGAGCUGUAUUCUGGACAUCAGGCACUGACCAGAAGACAUUUGGUUUCUGAUUUUGGUGUCUGCUGGCUGCGUGUGUGGAUAAACAUCUCUCUUCUAACCCAGCUAUUACCUCCAGUGUCAUGGGCCAAGUAGAGGCUUCUGGUACCAUAAAGGACAAAACCAAAAUGCUUUGGACUGAGGAUGACUGGUUAGCAAAAGCUUCCUUAAACUUAGGAACAGAGACUAAGCAAUUCCUGGAAAAUUAGAUCAUGACACCUGUGGGUAUGGCAUGCUCUUGUUGUUUUCAUAAGCAAAGGAACCAGACAUCUUUCUCAAAAUGGAUUAUGGAGUGUGCUCCUGACAAAGAACCCUUCUCAUCCCAAACAUCAUCCAACAGCUCCUCAGAUCCAUGGAACUAGAGGCAGAACAUUGUCUUGCUGCACCCUGAUUUCUGCAAAAGACUUCAAUUUCUAGAGAAGCUGGAGUUUUUCAUAAAACUUCAGUACACAGGAAACAGACUCUCUUUACUCAAUUGUCGUUACCAGCACAAUGUGAUCACUCAAAUAAGAAAAAAAUUAUCUUAGGGAUUGGGUUCCACCCUGAACAAACAGAUUACAUAUCGGAUACUUGGCUCUCUUCAUCUUGUCUACAAAGACUUACAAAGCUACAAAGAUUUUUUCAAAGAAAAGGGAAGAAAAUUGAUUCUGAAGAUGGUGGCACUAACUGGGACUUCUCAGUGACAGCUGGAGUGUUUGCCAGUGCUGACAAGACUGUAGAUGGAGGUUUUCAUUUUGGCUGUUGUAGACUCAUCUGCUGUGCUCAGUCAUCUACCAGAGAAAGGCAGUUGGUACUUUGAGAUUUUGUGGGGUAAUAUCAGCUCCUAAAUUCAGGUGACUUACUGAAAGCUCGGUUUCUUUGUUAUGUGAGUUAAUUUUCACAGCAGGAGGCAUGUUGCUUGUUGAAAAAACUGUAUUUGUGAGGCUAUGGUGACAAUGCUGAUACAUGAAUGAAAGGUGGGGUUUGAAAGGGUAAAGGUGCCUGUGGCACUCGAGUGGUCUGGAGUUCAGGGGGCUUCUUACAUGGGGGUCCUGGUCAGUAGCUGAACCAUCUCGGCUCUCCGUUUGAUACCAACUAAUAAAACAGCACAUCACACGCAGUUUGGAAUCCCACAUACCAGAGGGAGCAAGCGACACGUGCCUGGAUUGAGACCAGUCCUUUCCUCUGCACAUCAACAUUAGUAUUUUCCAACUCAGCCUUUUUGUCUUCUUCAUCUCAAGUUAAUCCUCAGAUCUCUGCAUUGUUUGCUCCUUUCCGUUCUUCUGACCUUUUAUAAGUGUCCACUGCCAGACAACUUGUGCUCUUCACAAUUUUCUACCCAGCUGUCAGUAGUGGCCCUGACGUUUUCUAUGUCACAUGUGUGUAGUGAGAGGGCAAUGAUAUGUGAAUUACAGUCUGUGCAUCCACACUGAGGCACAGACAAAAAACGCCCUUCACCCCUCUCACAUGGAAAUACCUAUUGAAAACCUGCAUGGGAUCAGGAAAACAAAGGUGAGAGAUCUUUAUUAUUGAUCUCAGAGAAAAAUUUAGAGCUAAGUAUCCAAAGGAUGAAAAGCCUCAGGGCUGUCAUGAGUGAAUUUCCCUCUCAGCAGUGAGUUGUGUCUUCCUGUGUGCACAUUGCCAGUGUUGGAUUCACCCCCCAGGGACCAACCCUCCUUCAUCAAAGAGGCUCUGUCUUGAAGCCUCAGGGGGUACGUGCAGUUGUUAAAGAAGUUCUAAGCACAGGAGUUUGAGCAGCUGGACUUGGCCUUGCCUAAAGAAAGCUGUUGGAGAGAGAUGGAUUUGGUUUGGUUUUAGCUGUUUGUAUGUCCCUUACUGAUAUGUUUUAUACCCUUAAUGUACCAGUGGCCAAGCAGGUGCCUUACAGGAUAGGCAAGUCCUUCUUCCAAAGUGUUUACUCAUUGCAAUGAGACUUUCUGUACCUAUAGAAACACACGCUACUUAAUUUUUUUUCAUGUUUAGUUAAACGUAACUGAAAAGGAGGGUUUACUUCAAGGCCACAAUUUAACAGGAGACUAUAUAGUGAAAUAUGUUUUUCUAGUUGGCUUUCUGGCCUAAGGAAGCUUUGGAAGGGCUGCCAGUGCGAGUUUGCUGAGAUUUUUUUGUUAAUGGAAGAAAAGCUGGAGAAUGAAACACCACACAAAAUGAGACUUUGUGUCAGGGUAGAAUGAGAAUAAAAUGGAAAGACAAAGAUGGGAAGAAGGAA